GCAUUUUUCAAUGUAGAUCCAGUGUGACUUCUUUGAUUUAUUGAUCAUUUCUAAAAUUUUAGUGAUUAAGUUAUACUUGUAUUAGAUUAGAUGUUAUUGUUAUGUCAAUUUAUUCUAUGUUCUGUUAUUGAUAUGUUAAUUUUUAUGUAAUGCAUCACUUUUAGCAUUAGUCAAGGUAAUAUAGAUGAUGGUCCUUUUACAUCUUUCGAGAUUGCUAUACUGGAAUCUUGAUCUUAGUUCAUAUUUCUUCAUCUUUGCUCCAUAUUUUCUUGAAAGACUAAAUAAGAUCAUGUUGAAUCUUCACAUACAUUCAGUUCUUCGGUUGAGCUCUAUUUUGAAUAAGUUUCAAUUCGAAAUAUGAGAAGAACAUUUAAGCUCUAUUAACAAUGUAUCAUUCUAAAAAAGCUAAUGUCGUCUAGAGCUGAAGAGUAUAAUCAAUGCUAAAGUUUUCGCGUUAUUGCACAAGUAUGCCAUGAUUGAUAUUACCUGAUAUGUGUUCUCUGCAGGGAAAUUUCAAGCAUAUAGAAGCACAUAAAGUUGGUUUAUAGGAACUUCUGCAGCAUCAGAUCUUGUAAUAAAAGCAGAAGUUUUCGAAAUGGCAUUUGCAAGAAUUGCAAGGACUGGCUUGAGAAGAUCAGGAGGUGCCAAAGGCAAUUAUACAACCGAAAGAGAUGCAAUAUCUGAGGGUAUUUCCUUCUCCAAGUACCAACCUUCACUAGAAAAUGCAAUGCUCAAGUACAAUAAUCCAUACACCUUUGGUAAGAUGGAUAUUCCCAGUUUCCAAAGUAGGGGUUAUCAGGCCACUCUCUCUUCUCAACUACCUUCUACAGAGAAGAUUGCGCGUCAGCAGUCAGUUUCAGAGUCGGAGAGUAUGAAAUACCCGGGGCUAGAAGCAACUAAGCCAGGGGAUAAGCCAAGGGUUGUGGUCCUUGGAACUGGUUGGGCAGCAUGCCGUUUCAUGAAGGGACUUGACACCAAAAUGUAUGAUAUUGUUUGCAUAUCACCAAGGAACCACAUGGUUUUUACUCCUUUGCUUGCCUCAACUUGUGUUGGGACAUUGGAAUUUCGAUCAGUAGCUGAGCCUGUGGGUCAGAUUCAGUCUGCUCUUGCUACGGAUCCGAAUUGCUAUUUCUAUUUGGCCUCCUGCACUAGCAUUGACACCUCUAAACAUGAAGUUUACUGUGAAACUGUGGAGAACUUGGGGCAAGCAAAUGAACGACAUCGAUUUAGGGUGGCAUAUGACAAGCUUGUAAUUGCUGUGGGAUCUGAUCCCCUGACAUUCAACAUUAAAGGGGUGCAGGAACAUGCUAUUUUUCUGCGAGAAGUUAAUCAUGCACAAGAGAUAAGAAUGAAACUUCUUUCAAAUCUUAUGCUUUCUCAGAGUCCAGGCAUUUCUGAUGAGGAAAGGAAGCGCUUGUUACAUUGUGUUAUUGUUGGAGGUGGUCCAACUGGUGUAGAAUUCAGUGGUGAACUGAGUGAUUUUAUAAAAGGAGAUGUUAGCCAGCGGUAUGCUCAUGUUAAAGACCGCGUCAAGGUCACUGUUAUUGAGGCCAAUGAAAUUUUGUCAUCGUUUGAUGUGGGAUUGAGGGAAUAUGCUGCAAGUCACUUGACAAAGUCGGGUGUGUGUCUAAUGCGUGGGAUUGUGAAAGAGGUUGAGAGGGAAAAGAUAGUACUUGUGGAUGGAACAGAGGUACCCUUUGGCAUUUUGGUCUGGUCAACAGGCGUCGGUCCUUCUGAGUUUAUUAAAUCUCUUAAUCUCCCAAAGUGCCCUGGUGGAAGGGUUGGGAUUGACCAAUGGUUGCGAAUUCCUUCAGUGGAAGAUGUAUUUGCUCUUGGUGAUUGUGCUGGAUUUCUGGAACAAACUGGAAGAAAGGUUCUCCCUGCUUUAGCUCAGGUGGCUGAAAGAGAAGGCAAAUAUUUGGUUGAGCUAUUCAACAACAUGGCCAAGCAAAAUGCAGGAAAGGCUUAUUCAGCAAAAGAUGUUACUUUGGGAGAACCGUUUGUUUACAAGCAUGCUGGUAGCAUGGCUUCAGUAGGUAGCUACAAGGCUCUAGUUGAUCUCCGCGAGUCAAAGGAUGCUAAGGGCAUCUCCAUUGCUGGGUUCCUCAGCUUUCUGAUUUGGCGCUCAGCAUAUCUAACGCGUGUACUUAGCUGGAGAAACAGAUUCUAUGUUGCUGUAAACUGGGCAACCACUCUAGUGUUUGGCAGGGAUAUUUCAAAGAUAGGAAACUGAAGAUAUUAGCUUCAAACAUUGCUGUUGUUGUUGUCCCUAUUGCAUUGAGGUCCUUUUACUUAUAGCUUGUGGUAAAACUUUGGAUGUUAUAUGAUUUGUUGUAAUCAAUUUUGCAAAACUGAAUUCUUCUAUAUUGAUAUUAUGAUGGAAUUACAGCAUUACACAAACAAAUGUCUUUUGAACUAAUAA